AUGUCAGGGAGCACCAAUGUCCCCCAUAAGACCUCUCUGCCUGAGGGCCUCCGCGUGGGCACCGUGAUGAGGAUUCGAGGAGUCGUCCCUGAGAAGGCCAGCAGGUUCCACGUAAACCUGCUGUGCAGCGAGGAGCCCGAAGCGGACGCGGCCUUGCAUUUCAACCCGCGGCUGGACGCCACCGAGGUGGUCUUCAACAGCAAGGAGCGCGGCGCCUGGGGCCCGGAGGAGCGCGGCCCUGGCCUCCCCUUCCAGCGCGGGCAGCCCUUCGAGGUCCUUCUCAUCACCACCGAAGAUGGCUUUAAGGCCGUGGUCGGGGACUCCGAGUACCACCACUUCCGUCACCGGCUGCCGCUGACGCGCGUGCGCUUGAUGGAGGUGGGCGGCGACGUGCAGCUGGGGUCCGUGAGGGUUUUCUGA